AUGGAGGAACUCCUAUCAGGUACUACUCUCCUCGCUUCUGGUACCAUUCAUAGCACAGAUCCAGUGUUUUGCAACCAAAAUGGUGGCAAACAGGAAGUACCUAUCUGUGCCGUUGCAUUAGCGGCUGCAUUUCUUAACAGAGAAUGGACUGACCUAGAAAUUGACAAAUCCAUCCACACUGGUGAUACACUGUACAGUCUGCUUGAAAUUCCCAACAAAGAAGUAGCAAUUCCUGCAAACCUACCUGAAAAAAUUACAAUCAAUGAUCCUCUUGUCACUGUUGAGGUUACAGAAAAUAAGCACCUCUACACAUACUUGUACUCAGAUGGCGAACAGACAAAAUACAAUUUCCUUCAUUCCAAGUUGACUUCUGCUUUUAAAACUUCGCCCCCAAACAGUGGGUUCCUCUUCGGAAGCUCGCGAGGUUUUGUGGCCUUCGUUGAAUCGGACGAUGGUUUCCUGGUGUUUGAGCCACAGGGCGUGGGUAUUUCUGGUCUACCCGAUGAGGAAUUUCCAGAAAACAACACCAGCCGUGUAUUUUUAUGUGAGUCGUUAGAGGUUUUAGCUAAAUUUUUGCUUAUACACCAUAACAGGGAUGGAAGCGUUCCGGCACACUUCACUAUUGUGCGCAUGCGAUUUCGUCUGUCCCUUGAGCAGCAGAGGCUCCAGGAGACACGAAAUUCCAGUGGUUCUGACUCAGACACUCCCCUUGCCGCUCGCCUGUUACGAAAUGUUGACAAACCUGCGCAACCAAAGGACACAUCUGAUUCAGAUACACCGCUUGCUGCACGCCGACCCCCUGCAAAGAAAAAUCACAGAAAAUCAAACAAGUUACACAAUACUGAGCCUGAUUCAGACACUUCUUUAGCUGCACGCCAACCUGCAAACAGACGAAAAACAAGAUCAAAAAGUACACCUACACCACAUUGUAAUUCAGAUUCGGAGACACCCAUUGCACCUCAGGAACCAAGCAAACAACUUGCAUCACGACUAAUGGGUGAAAGUAAUCCGUCCGAAGCCACAACAUCACCCGGUGUUAAAAAUAAAGGGGGACGACCUAAGAAAGUUAAACGUGGGAGAAAGGCACAGUACACUGCAGAGGAACGCAAACAAAGGCAGCAAGAUUCACAGCGUCGUUACUAUGAAAAAAACAAAGCAGCUAAACUUGACGCUCGACGUCUGUAUGACCAGGAACACCCCGAGGUGCAUCGCAAGGCGCAGCAGCGAUAUUCCCAACAAUACCCCGAGGUGCAUCGAGAGGCGCAGCAGCGUUAUGUGGAAAAUAAUCCUGAAGCAAGACAAGCUCAAAGGGAAACAUACCGGGCAGCUCAUCCCGCCAGAGACAAAAUACGUCACCUCUCAGCAGAUAUGCAGAGACUGGUAAAUAGACAUGGGCCUAUGGCUUUUUGGACUGGAGAGCUGCUAGAUAAAAUCGAGCCCUACCGCCUAAAAAGCCAAAACAUUAAUGCAAACGACAUUUUCAAAUGUCAAUAUUGUAACGCCCCGUUGUUUCAUGAGGAAACACACACUGGACUCUGGUGUUGUGGCAAAGGGGCCUACAAAGUCAUGGACUUUUCACCGCUGAAUGCUGAUUUCUACACACACCCUGAAUUUUUGGACCGACCUCGAGCAUACAAUGAUAUGUUUGCACUCUCUGCAAUGAACAUUUCAGGGGGCUACCGUCACCCAAAUACUGGCCUUUCCUUUUUGAAAAUCGAAGGUCGAAUAUAUCACAAAAUCUACAGCCUCGAAGCGAGGGGACAACACACUAACUUUGACAAUGUAAGCCAACAUGUUAACGGAUGUAAAUUGUGGAUAGAUGAUGGGUCGGAGAGAAAAGCGUUGGCUGAAGGGCGAAAGCUAAACCCCAUCAUCAUUGAUGGAGCAAGGUCUUAUUUAUUGGCAAACAACCCAUCUCUAACUUAUUUCCGCCUCCUCAGUGAGGAGCCUGCCGAAGAUGCGCGAUUAGACUUCCAGGUUACUUCAAGGGAGGCGGAUGGCCCAGUCCUUGGGGAUACUAAUCCAGGUCUCGAGGUUCACGCUGUAGUAAGUUCAGGUGAAUGUCUUGCCGGUGCGCCACGAACAUUGACGGUGUGGAAAAAGGCUGACAGGUUUCCUACCAAGAUCAAUAUAUUUGAUCCUUUAAUGGAGCCAUUCCAAUAUCCUCUUCUCUAUCCCACCGGAACACCAGGUUGGACAUUUACUAGGAAGGACAAGGUAGGCAGAAAAUUAUCCCAGCUGAGUUACGCACGCUGCCUCCUCCUCUCAGAACCACGUUUUACUCAAUUAGGUCGCCUCUCACAAGCUUGGCAAGUGGAAAUGCACACACGCAUAGAAGAGGAGAGGCUUCAGUACAUAGCUCGCGCUCAACAGAAAAAUAAUGCAAAUGCAUUAAGAGUUGCGUCAGUUGACGAACUGCAGACUUCAAUAAACCCACCACAACAAGUUAUGCACGACUUAAACAAUGACAUACUUGCCGAAGUAGCUCAAGAUGAGGUAAUACAAGGAGAAGGAGCUAGAGCAGGCAAAAUUUACUUACCUUCGACGUUCACGGGCGGACCACGGUACAUGAAGCAAAAAUACAUGAACGCUAUGGGCUUAGUUAGCCGGAAGGGUGGUCCCACAUACUUUUUGACUUUCACGGCGUGUGGUGGGUGGGAUGAGAUGAAAGCAUCCUCUUUGCAUCGUCAAAGGUGCGAUCCAUCCACGUGUGCUCGCAUAUUUCACAUAAAGUUAAAAGAAUUACUUCGGGACAUUAGAAGUGGAGCACUGUUUGGUCCAAAGGCCUACAUAAUAUAUGUUAUUGAGAUGCAAAUGAGAGGAUUACCACACGCGCACAUUUGUAUAAGGACUGAGGACGGGGGACCUACUCAAGCACGGGACAUUGACAAAGUAAUAAGAGCGGACAUACCAAGCCGUGAUGAAGCAGGAGGGCGUCUCCGAAAACUUGUUCUCAAACACAUGAUCCACGGCCCGUGCGGAAAAGAAGGUCGCACCGACCUUCCCUGCUAUGAUGACAAAAAGGACAAGUGCAAUAAGUACUUCCCGAAACCAGCAUCAGACACUACACACAUUGAUGACAAGGGGUUCGUACAUUACCGCCGUAAUUACAAUAACACAGAUGAAAGAUACUAUUACGGCAGACCAGUAUCAGUUCACGAGGGCUGGGUCAUUCCUUAUAAUCCAGCACUUCUCUUGAAAUAUGAAGCUCACAUCAAUUUGGAAAUUGCCUCCACGCGACGCGUUAUUAAAUACAUUUAUAAAUACAUGCAUAAAGGGGCGUCACACAAGAACGUGCGCAUAUUACCUUUACACGAGCAACAAGAUGAACCCGAGGAGUACGCUACAAAGCGAAUGGUUGGUGCCAGUGAUGCUUGUUGGCGAAUGCUCGGCUUUCAUCUGACAGUAUCAGAACCGACAGUUGAAAUGCUCCCAGUGCAUCUAGAAGGGGCGCAUAACGUCGUUUUUCGCCCAGGCGAGGAACAACAGGCACUUGCUCAAACAUCCAAACUCCUGCUGUACCUCAAUAGACCUGACGAUCCUGUGUUUGAAAACUUGACUUACCAACAAUUCUAUGAAAAUUAUAUCAUUCACACAAGUAGGCCGAACCGCAACCCCGGUAAACGUGUCUAUGACCACGCAAGUGGCAAACACUACCUCACUCCCCGUGAGCUAGGGGAAUGUGUCUGUAGAUUGUACUGGGUGAGUCCGAACCGGGGAGAACUCUACUAUUUGAGAUUACUUCUGUCAUCUUUUCCAUGCCGGGGCUUCGCCGACCUGAAAGCAAAGGGAGGCGAAGGCUGUGAAUCUUUUCAAGAGACUGCACGCAGACUAGGAUUAAUUGACAAUGAACAGGAGUAUGCCGAAGCACUCCGGCAAGCUUCAGAGUUUAUGGUGGGUCCUAGCCUCAGGAACUUCUUUGUAACACUGGCAAGCAUUGGUGCACCAGCAAGAGUCCUUUGGGACGCUUUCAAGCCCCAGCUCUGCGAAGAUCUGUUGGAAAAGCACACGGAAUCAGAAAUUGCAUACAAAUAUGGUCUUAUACAUAUUGACAGGUGCUUGCGACGUAAUGGGUCUUGCCUAACCGCCCACGGCCUACCUCACGUUGACGAUGAUACAACAGAGCUUGGUAGACAAUACCUUGCUUACGGUGAAGAGUCUCAACGACAGAUAUACGAAGAAUGGUUACCUAGAUUAACCGAAGAACAGCGUGCUGUCCUAGAACACGUGAAAACCUUGGUAGACGGUAACAUCCCACAGGACCAGCCUACGGGGGUCUUUUUGGACGGGCCGGGGGGCUAUGGAAAAACAGCCCUACUACAGACAAUUACAGCUUACCUCAGGUCGCAGCACAAAAUUCCACUCUGUGUCGCCAGCUCCGGUAUAGCCGCUUUGAACAUGGAAGGCGGCUCAACUGCUCACUCAAUGUUUCGAUUACCCUUGGACCUUAGUGACGAACUAGCGAUCUGGAAUAUAAGUAACGGAACACAAAGGGCUGAAUUAAUUAGAUCAGCCUCACUCAUAAUCUUCGACGAAGCCCCGAUGGCACACAAGGGUAUCUUUCAAAUGUUGGAUCGCUCCCUGAAGGACCUCAUGGGGAACGAGAAAUUUAUGGGUGGUAAACCGUUUCUAGCUUCAGGUGACUUCAGGCAGAUCCCACCUGUAGCCGAAAACGCGCGUACACCGUCAGACACAGUCAAAGUAUCCCUUAAAUCAUCAUACCUGUGGGAUAAAUUUAAAAUAUUUAAACUCACCAUUCCACAAAGGACGAGAGGGAGUGACGAGUAUUCGAAUUAUCUCCUUAAAGUAGGAAACGGUUCUCUUCCCGAAGAAACCUUUGGUGAAGGCAGGGACGCAGAGACAUUAGUUCCGCUCACUCCACUUAAACAUCACUCAAAUCUAGAAGACUUAAUUAAUAACAUAUACCCAAAUGAAAUACUUGGAAUGCCAGACACUGCAGCUGAGAGAGCAAUUCUCUCAACUCUAAAUGUUAACGUGAAAGCUAUUAACAACAAAGUUCUUAAUAGCCUUCCAAACCGUGAGUACCAACUCCUUAGUUUUGACGCUGUGGACCAAGACGGAGACGAUGGCUUCUUCAUCGAUCAGGAAACGCUCCACACAGCUCAAGGCAAGGGUGUGCCGGACCACGUCCUCAACCUCAAAAUUGGCGCAGUUUGCCUGAUAACAAGAAAUUUGAACAUAGAACAGGGAUUAGUAAAUGGCACAAAAUGCGUGGUAGAAUCAAUAAGCCCACAGCUCAUAAGAGUUCGCUUACCAAAUUCCAACCGUUCUUACGGAAUUCCAAGAAUACUUUUCAAGUUUCCGAUUGUCGAUGGCUCGCCAAUGACAAUGGUCAGACGUCAGUUCCCACUGCAAUUGGCAUAUGCAAUGACAUUUCACAAAUCACAAGGGCAAACGAUUAAGACAGUUGGGCUUGACCUUAGAACUGACUGUUUUACCCAUGGACAGCUCUACGUAGGUUUGAGCAGGGUAAGGUCACCCGAUGACAUCACCGUUCUGGUGCCACCAGAUCGUGUACAUAAUGGAAUAGCGUACACAAAAAAUAUAAUAUACAGAGCACUCCUUAACCAAGAUGAAUAA